UAUAAAUGUAGUGAUGUACUAAGGUAAUUAUAAUUUGGUAAUUAAUCCUUGUCAUAAAGCAAACAUUCGGAAACACCCAUUGAAAACUAUUUAACACGCUUUUUCAUUAGAAAAAGUAGGUAACUAUGUCGCGCCAAGUCGACUCAUAUAUUUCUAAGCUUUUGGAUGGCCAAGGUUUAGAAGGCGAUGAGAAUGAUUUUUGUGACUUUACCAUAGCGGAUCAAAAUUCUGUUGCUGAAUCUCAAGGUAUAACACCAACAACACCUUCAAACUUUAAACCAGUGCUUGGAGGUAAUGUAACAUACGUUGUCGCCUGUGUGAUUAUUAAUGACCGUGAGGAAUUACUUUUAAUGCAAGAGGCGAAAGAAAGUUGUGCUGGAAAAUGGUAUCUUCCUGCAGGCAGAAUGGAGAAAGGUGAGACAAUCGAACAAGCUGCUGCUAGAGAAGUGCUGGAAGAAACUGGGUUGCACUUUAAAGCUGAUACCUUAUUAGUGGUUGAAACAGCAGGUGGCACUUGGUUUAGAUUUGUAUUAACAGGCAAAAUUAUUGGAGGUGAACUUAAAACUCCUGCUAAGGCAGACAAAGAAUCUUUACAAGCAAAGUGGAUUUUCAAUUUACAAGAAAUAUCAUUAAGAGCAAAUGAUAUAUUGCAUCUCAUUGACAAAGCCAAAUUGUACAAACAAAGUCAUCCAGGAGUGUCAUGGCAUAAAAACAUUCUGCCAGCACCAGUUCCACAUGUAAAAGAUCUGAUGAGAUUGAUAGUAUUAAUAAAAAAGAGAAGUACAAAUAGAUUACAUGUACUGUUGAGUGAGAAAACAACAUUGCAUUUUCCCACAUGCGAAAUAAAUCCAGCAAAAAGUAUGCACUCAACUUUACGAAGAUUUAUGGUAGAGAUGUUUGGUGCUGAUGUUGCUCAACACAGACCCUUAGGCCUCCUUAAUGUCGAAGCUGAUCCAUCAGCAGAUGGUUGUUGUUUAUCAUUGCUAGUAGUUUUCAGGCCUCCCUUGGAGGAAGUACCUUUGAUUGGUAAAUGUGCUUGGCAUGAAUUAUCUGAAGAUAUCCACAAAGAGCUCCUACCGAUUGUAUUUUCUAAAAACUCAACAAUUGAGUUGCAUGUUGUGCGUUAAACCUUUAAUACAUCUAUAUUAAUUUAACAUUGCCAUUGAAGAGGAGACUCAAAUAUUAAAUUUAGACUUAGACUCUCUUGUUAUCUCUUUUAAAGUGUAACCAUUUAUACCUGAAUCAUGUAAUCUCACUAAUAUUUUAUACUAGUGUGUAACACUAUUGUUAACUUUUAUGUACUAACCUGAACAAUUACAUUCCAAUUUUAUGUAAUCAAAAAGAUUUUUGGUGAAGGUGUAUUUAUUUUUUAUAUUGUAACAUAGCAUUAUGUUUAUUAUAUUUGACUAAACUAAGAUUAUUAUGACUUACAGUACUUUGGCCUAGUUACUUAAUUAAUUUGAAUGUUGGAAAAGUAUUAUGUUUAAUAAAUAAUAAAACAUUUUAAAAUGAUUGUUGAACAAAAUAAUUAUUAAUUUAUAUUUGAAAUUGAGAAGAAUCAUAAGUUGUAACUUUUAUGACUAGAGGUAAUACUUUAAGUAUUAUUCAUCUCACAAUUGUACCUUCUGUAAUUUAUUAUGUAAAUAGAUUUAAUAAUAAAUAAUAUGUUCUU